UUGAACUCCCCAGCCCUGGUGUGUGUGCACAUAACAAUAACACUGUGAGCCGCUUCCAGAUAGUUAUCUUUAUUAAUCAUAUUGUCGGGUGCAAAAGUCUUAAGUAACACAAUGGCCGCAAUGCUGAGAAGCGUCCUCUUUUGUCCGGAAACUCGUCUACUGUCCGUGCGAUGCCUCAGCAACAUAAAAGCAUCAUCCUCCUCAGCAGAAUCUGAAGAUGGAGCUGACAAACCUUUGCGUCCCCGUGCCAAUGCCCUGACCGAUGAAAUAAUACGCGUCGAUCAUGCCGGAGAACUGGGCGCCGAUCGCAUCUACGCCGGACAAAUGGCUAUACUGGGGAGCGGACCCAUGGGCAAGACUAUUGGACAUAUGUGGGAGCAGGAGAAGUGUCAUCGUGCCCAGUUCGAGCAGCUCAUCCAGCAGCAUCGAGUCCGUCCCACAGUCAUGACGCCCAUCUGGAAUGUGGCCGGAUUUGUUCUGGGCGCCGGUACCGCUUUAAUGGGCGAGAAGGCGGCCAUGGCCUGCACCGUGGCAGUAGAGACGGUCAUUGUGGAGCACUACAAUGAUCAACUGCGUCAGAUUAUGGAAUCCCCAAAUCCCGACAAGGAACUGCUGGAGACAAUCACAAAGUUUCGGGACGAGGAGCAGGAGCACCACGACACCGGAAUCAAUUGCGGGGCAGAGCAAGCGCCCUUCUACCAGGCAAUGACCGAAGUCAUCAAGUUCGGCUGCAAGACUGCCAUUGCCAUUUCGAAGAAGAUCUAAAAUAUACGUUUCCACAUUUUGUAAAUACUGUGCUCAGAAUAAGGACCGAAAGUUAUCUGUCUGUCGUCUACCCUCUACAAAGUACCAUGUCUACGCACCCUACGCCCCACGCUCCACGCUCCACGCUAAGCAUUAAAGAUAGACUGAAUCGUUAAA